AUGGGCGGAGAGGCGGGGGCCGCGGAAGGGCGGGGGAGGGCGGAAGGGCGCGGGGGAGCGGACGGCGGAAGGGCAGUGGGGGGGGGGGCGGGGGGGAAUGAGGCGGCGGGAAUUGCAGGGCUGGAGCCUGGGAAGACGCGCAGCACACACAAACUGCUCAAGCUCGUAUCAGGCGCCAACAGGGGUAGGCGCCUGCUCUCCCCCGCGGACCGCAACGUGCGGCCCAUGAUGGAGAUGGUGCGCGCGGCGGUGUUCGACAUGCUGCACGCGCUGCUCGCCGCGCCGCACCGCCUGCCGCCCGCCUCGCGCUGGCUGGACCUGUACAGCGGCACGGGGAGCGUUGGGUUGGAGGCCAUGAGCAGGGGUUGUACGCAGGCGCACUUUGUGGAGAUGGACCCGUGGGUCGUCUCCUCCGUGCUGUCCGCCAACAUUGAAGCCUGUGCCGCCUCCUCCCUCGCCACCAUCCACCCGCUCAAAGUCGAGUCCUUUCUCCGGCAAGCGGACGAACGAGGAGCCGAGUGGGUGGGAGGGCCCUUCAGCUUCAUUAGCGUCACCCCCCCCUAUGAGCUCAUCGUGUACAGUCAACUCAUGGCCCAGCUCGCUGCCUCCCCGCUGCUGCACCCAGAUACAUGCAUGGUGGUGGAGUAUCCAAUCAAAUCUAGGGAUGAGAUCUUGGACACAUGCGGUCCUCUAUACAAGAUCAAGGAUCGGAAGUAUGGGCGGACCAAUGUGGCCAUCUAUGGUCCUGCAUGGGCUCUGGAAGGCGAUGUGCAAUGA